AAAUAAAAGAAAAUCCCUAUUGCUCUUAUAUGAGUCUCAUAUUGGGAAGUACCUGCAGUUCGAAUAAAACGAUCGUUUAUGUUAUAAUUUGUUGACAAUUUCCUGUAAAAGACAUAUAUUUAUAUUUAAAAUGAACUCUUAAUUGAUUAUCCCUAUUUUUUACAUAGAACGUGCCAUGAGAAAUAGAUGAAAAGAUGGCGACGAGCGUUUGAGUCGCUUCGCGUUUAUAUGCGCGCACAUAGAGCUACAAAACAGCUUCGAAAACAUUCUUUUGAGUUGUCAAGCUGAGGAAGGUAUAGAAGUACUGGAAGCCAUGGAAAAUGCAGCGAGUGAUGAUUCACAAAGUGACGUGAGCACCAAAUCCUCACGCCAGCGGAAGGAAGUUCGCCGCCCAGAUAUGGCCAUCUACAAGCCUGGACAGUCACGCCUUGGUAAAAGAUCCGAACAAGACCCACCUCCAUCUACCACAGACAACGACACUACUCCCGCCAGUUCCAUCAAAAACAUUCAGGGCGAUCAUCGGUUGCAAGACACUUCAAAAGCCCAGAGCCAGAAGCCAAAGCCAACACAGCAUGGUGAUAAAGGUCAGGAACUGAAACAGCCACCACCACAUCAGCAUGGGAAGGACAAACGUGAGGGUCGUUCAUCAGUACACCUUGAAGACAGGAAGAGCACAUCCCAAGUGCAAAGAUCAGGCAGAGACAAUAAACGUUCUGAUAAUCAAGGCAACAGGUCUUCAAGGGGUAACAAAGUCAGUCAUCCCAGAUCAAGACCUGACCACGACAGCAGUGUAAGGACUAAGGAUGUGAAGAAGGAGACAGGCAGCUAUAUAAAGCCAGCAGCCAAACCACCACAGGACAGGAAUGCAGGAGACGAUGUAAGAAAGGAGGGGACCGUGGAAACAAAAUCAGGGCCUAGCCCAGAGUCCAAGCCUGCCAGUGAACAACAGCCCCAGGUUCAGCGAGAGAAAAGAUGGCAUGGUCCACAGGGCAAGAGAAAAAAUGCAAAAGAUGAUACUAAAACUGGACGGCAUUUGGGUAGUGUAUCAAAGAAAAACUCUGAAAGGGUAAAUAUACCUAUUGGAGAUGCCGAGCUAGCUUCCGAUUCCUCCCUUGUCAGGCAAGCAGAUUCCCAAACUGAAGCCUCCACUAAAAAUCACAACUGGCUAGGGAAACAAGAAAAUCAUAAUGGCAAAGCACCAAAGAGGUCACAAAGCAAUGAAAAAGCACCAAGUAGCAAUCAUCAUGGAAACCAUGCUCAGCAAACUAGUCAAGAAUCGAAGAAGACUUUUCACGGCAGCAAGCAACACUCGCAUCAAGAGGAUGAGGCAAAGAGGUCACACAGCAUAUCCAGUGAAACAAUUUUGGAUAAAGUGUCGAGGCAAAAGAAACCAGACCGCUCUUUCUACGUGAGCCCAAAGUUGGCUGGCAGCCAGGGGCAAGAUGAGCCAAAGACCAACGAGAGUGAAACAAACACAGUGCCACCUGAAGAUAAAAUUGAGACAAUGGUCUUCACUUCACGGAAAUCCUCAAACCAAAACUGGUCUCAGAGGACUGACAACAGUGGUUCCAAGAAUUCUAAGCCCGCGGAUUCUCUUCAAGGAAAGUUCACUCUGGAGAAUAACAAAAAAGUACCAUUGAAGUCAUUACUAGACCUCCAGGUGUCUCCUCCAGGCAAAGGAAUGGCCUCAAAGACUCCCAAGACUGAAUUGAAGUCACAGAAUGAAGCAAAGUCACCAAAUGCAGACACAAGAUCAAAACCUGCCCCCUCAUCGAAAAGGUACUCAGCCAGACGAUCCCGGCAGCGCUAUAACAGCGAGAGCUCAACUGGCAGUGAUAACAGUCAAUUUGUUGAUGUAGCCCAAUCAAAGUCCGAAGACCUUGACAGAGAUUUGGCACACACAGACUCAAAGCUGCAGAAUCUCAGUCUCAAAGAUGAAUUCAAGGGAUCCUAUGAGUCAAUCUCCAGUACAGACUCUGGGAAACGUGUUGGGACAGCAUUGUCACAGAAGAAAACAUUACAGAGUCAAAACCAGAGGAGACACUUGGAUUCCAGAGCGGAUGCAGAAGUCAGCGAGAGACAACCAGCAAAGAGAGAAACUGGAAAACAAGUUUUUGAAAAGGGCAAACUGACAGUGACCUUUAACAGCAACGUCAGAGAGGUGACACUUUCACCCGAGGAAGAAAGGGAACGACGGCUGGAGGAAGAGUCCCAAGAUGGAAGGUCUGGUGACCGGAGACAAAGUGGGCGAAACCGACAUCGAGACCGAGAAUCCAGAAGGACAGCAAGCGAAUCAGAAGAGACACAAUCUGAACACGCAUCCAAGGGUGGUGGCUUGAUUCGGCUGCCCCAGAAAAGAAGUGAUCCCAUUUCAAUCCAUUCUCAACCAGCCAAUCAGCAGCAGCAGCAGUCUGAGCAGGGCUACCGACCAAUCUAUGAUCGAUACUACAACCCUCCACAGCCAGCCUCAGAGCCCAAAGAAGAGCCACGACCAAAGGAUGCAAGAGGUCGCCCUGGCAACCGGAACCUCCUGUGGGAUCCCAGCAAGCCGCAGGAGAGACCCGCCUUGGCAUCUGCCAAGAAGCCUGAGUCCACAGACUAUCAUUUCUAUGAUCCUGAGCAAGGGGGAAGUCCCGGAGAGCGCAAAUUUGACCCAAGGGGUCACUUCCAGCCCCAAGGGUAUGGAGCCUUUUAUCCGCCAGCUUAUCCAGCGAUGCCGGUGCAGCACACUGUCUACCCAUCGCCAGGUUUUUACCCGGCGAUGUCCUGGGCAGAGCAGGUGGAGGCUCAUAACACAGACUCCAAGGUCCAGGCUCCCAGUCCCCCGACGCAAGUUGGCAACUACCAGGGCAACUUUCCUCCUCUUGGAGCAUCUCCAGAUGCUCCCAUGGCAACAGAAACGCCCACCAGUGUUGCAGCCCCACCCUCAUCCCAUUCGCACUCUGUAGCUCAUAGAAUCCUCCAGGACACUGCCAGAUAUGAGCACAGCAUUAACAACGCAGUGUCACGCCGUUUCCAUGGUGAAGAAGGUGUGCAGAAAAUCAUGAAACUCAGCCAAGAGCUGGAGCGUAUGUACGAGCAGGUGAUCCUGACCGACCUGGAGAUGUGCAACAAGCAUAACAUUGAGCAGCUACUGUGGAAGACGGCCUACUACCAAGUGAUUGAGGCCUUGAGGAGGCAAGAUGUGGAGGAACCAGGAACGUACAAGCUGUACCUGGAGCAGCUACUGGAUCAUGGCGAUGAUUUCUAUGUAUCCCUGUUGGAGAAACUUCAGUCAGCGUACAGCUUCAGACUAGAGACACGGACAGGGCUGGAUCCCCUUCAUGAAGAACCCAGGAGAGCGAUCAAGUUGGCGUUGCUCAGUGCCCAGCGGUGUAUGAUAUCCCUGGGGGAUAUUGCUAGGUACAAAGAACUGACCAAUGACACCAGUAACUACGGAAAAGCUAGAAGUUGGUACUUGAAAGCCCAGCACCUGGCACCAAGAAACGGCAGACCUUACAAUCAGCUGGCCAUUCUGGCCCUGUACACCAGGAGAAAGCUGGAUGCUGUAUAUUACUACAUGCGUAGCCUGGCAGCCAGUAACCCAUUCCUGACGGCUAGGGAGAGUCUCAUGUCCCUGUUUGAGGAGGUCAGAAGAAAGGUGGAGCACAAGGAGAAGGCACAGGUUCAAGCGAAGGAGGUGAAGGAGCGAGCGAAGGAGGACGAGAGACGGCGACGGGCCAAGGAGAGGAGGGGGAGGCGGAGUCAGGCAGAGGGUGGGAGGGACGACAGCCAAGCCACCAGGAGGGAGAUAUGGAUUGCUAGCGAUGGGAGCAGCCACGAUGGAUCAGAGCUGGCCGAGGAUAAUGAAGAGGAAGAUGGAGAGGCUACCUUGAGGAGGAUAUCGCCGGUCGAGAUCAACAAGAGGUUUGUGCUGAGCUUGUUGAACGUCCAUGGAAAGCUUUUCACCAAGAUUGGCAUGGAGCAUUUCAGCUUCAUCGCCGAGAGACUCCUGAAGGAAUUCCGCGUCUUACUGACGCACACUCCGACCCCCGUCACCAGCACAAGGAUUGUCCAGGCCAUGGCAAUAAACAUGUUUGCUGCACACAACACAGAAACCAAAGAUCAAUCCCCGCGGGAGGACUUGCGAUCUCUGCUUCAGGAGCAGGCUAUCCAGCUGGGCCUGGACAUGUUUGGUCUCCUGGUCAGCAGGUGUAACCAGCUACUAACAGACCAUUUGAAGUCGGACACCCAAGGCCGGGUGCUACUGAGCGAGGAUCUGUUGGAACUCCUCCCGGGCGUCAAGGUGUAUGCUGAUUGGCUGAUGUGCCACCCCCAACUGUGGAAUCCCCCACCCAGUUGCACGGAUAAACCUUACAGUGCGUCUGUUGAUGUGUGGUCUUCCCUAGCGGAACUUCUGAAUACACUCAAGAGGAUUGAUACCAAUGUAGUAACAUUCAUCAAGAAGACUGAUGAAAAUGGUUGCCAGGAGAUUUUGCUACCAGAGGACGUACAGUUAUCUGGGUUUGUGCCACUCAUUGCUCUACCCUUACAACCAGUCUACAUUCCCAGCGAUACCAACAAGUUGGAAGCCAUGGACUGCGUCCGAAUCAACUCUCUCCUGCUCUUUGGUGAGUACGCCUGUGGACAGGAGACCCCACUUCUGGCUUACGACGUCUCCAAGAAUUGCUACAUAUCUGUCGCUCCUGAGCUGGUGACCACAGAGAAAGUCGAACAAAGGCCCGAUCAGGCUGACGACGAUGUUAUCAUCGAAGAGGAGUACUACGAAGAUGCGGAGGAGAGUUCUGGGAAGGAGGGGGAAGAUUCCGGGGACGUCAGCAGCUUGAGGCAGAAAAAGGAAGACCUAGAGAGACGCUUGCAGCAACAGCAACAGAAACAGGCGCAGAUACAGGCAACCAUGGAGAGCCAUCGCCAACAGCUGUACCUUGAGGUGGAGAUCAGACCGCUGUACCUGGUGCCGGACACCAACUGCUUUAUUGAUCACUUGAGCAAGAUCCAGGCUCUGCUGGCUUGCCGGAAAUACAAGCUGGUAGUACCACUCGUGGUUAUCAAUGAACUGGACGGUCUGGCUAAAGGCAGCCGAGACGAUCUGUACGAAGAGCCCAGCCAAGCAUUGAGGGUGCAAGAGGGGGCCGGGUCAGCCAUCCGGUGUCUGGAGGAGAAGUUUGGGCAGAGGAACAAAUAUCUGCGAGCCCUGACCAGCAAGGGGACGGUCAUGGACACUAUUGCGUAUCGCAGCGAGGAGGUGGAUUUUAAGGGCUGUAAUGAUGACCUCAUCCUCAAGUGCUGUCUGCAUUAUGUCGACGACCGAGCCAGAGACUUCAUGCCAACCACUAAAGAUGCACCAAUUCGCCUGUACCGCGACGUCGUUCUUCUGACUAAUGACCGCAAUCUGCGGGUCAAAGCUCUCCAGCAGAACGUGCCAGUCAAGGACAUCACUGCCUUUGCAAAAUGGGCCAAGGUCUGAGCGGGGAUGCCAGAAUCUCUUGUUGAGUUAAAAACCAACAGUCGUUACGGUACAAGGAUGCAGCUAGAAGCGCGAUGUCGUAAAGGGUUCAGGGUCCGCGUGAGGAAUUUCUUGUCAGGGCACUAUGCCCCCCCGUGUUUACAUUGAUAACCUUUGACCUUUGACAUGGUUACCACCUACAUGUAGAAGUCCAGAAAAAGACACAAAAUGUUAAAAGUGAAAAGGGCAAAGGGUACUCUCGCAGACUGGUAAAAGAUAGGCACUUACCAACUCGUCUAUUAUGGAUGUUGCCCUGUAUGACACAGCAUACAACCUCCUGGAAAUCAGCGUGGAAGUAACAGUGUCAGAAUGCAUUUGUCGGAGAGGGUUUUGGGUACACAAGUUUGUUCUCAAACAAAGCACGACAAGAAUCUGCAAAAUCUGCCAGUUUACAUGUUGGCCCCUGCACAACUUGUGACCGUCAAGCACUGGAACGGUUUUACAGAUGCAAGAAGGGUCAAUUUGUCAUUGAGGAGUGGCGAUAUCCAUGCACAUGCUCCUGUUGUCAAAAAAGGAAUCCAAAAUUUGAAUUACACACAUGUGUGUUAGCGCCGACUGUGACGAUCUGAUAAAAAUGAAGGUUUCCAUUUGAAUGAUUUGCGAAUACAUGUAGCAGAAAGUGUGCCAUUGAGGAUGCAGAAAAACAUUGUACAGGUUUGCGUGUUUGCAGAUUCUGAACAAUUUAUAAAUGAAUGUGCGGGACAGAUUUCAUACACAGAAUUUGAAAAAAUGUACGCAAAGGCAGUAGAUCGUUUUGCUUGCAGUUUUUGUUUUUAUUACAAUUAGAAAUCGUUAUUUUUUAAUUGAAUUGCGCAUGAGUUCGUUGUCACAGCAGGCGAAAAAGAUGGUACUCAUGUGCACCCUAAACACGUACAUGUAUUUGUGUUUAAAAUUGCUUUUCUUCCGUUUUUUUGUAUAAAGCUCUUCCUGAAACCUAUUUGUCCUGUGUGUACAUGUACUUGCUUUUCUAAUGGAGGAUUUUAAGGUGUGAUACCCGAAGAAUGCUGCAUGUAAAUUCAUCUUUAGAUGGUACGUUUGUUGCCUGGUUGUAGAAAUUACCAUCACAGACAUGCUUACCUGUGUAAAGUGUAGGGAAAAGGUAAGUGUGUUUUAUGAUGAACUGAUUUCAAUGAACACUUAAAGUGUUCACUAAAAGGGAUUUUUAAUUUAGCCUGACUGAGCCUGGUGUCUGGAUCCAGUGUCUGUGGUGAAUGGAAGAUAUGAGCCCUUAAUUUCUUGAAAUAAAUCGAAUCCAUGCAGCGAUUUUUGUUGCGGACUUUCAACUUGAAGAUACUUUUAUUUACAACUUAAAUGCCAGUGGUUUAAAUAGUACAUGUGGUGUUGACUGUAGAUCUCAGCACAUCUCAGUCCGUUUUGUCGGAUACAUUCCUUGAGAAAGUUUGACUAUUAAUGGGCAAUAUUAUGUAGAGAGAAUAAGCCACUGGCUUGCAGAACAUUUCAGGAAUUUGGAGGAUUGCGGAGGUUUCCCAUUUCAAGCCAAAAUUCCCUGAGGAACUAAAGUUUGUUGAACCAUGAGAGAACCUCAUUUUGGAGAACUUGGGCAUUUGGGGCUCUCUUUUUUGUGCCAAAUUGUGGUGUGUGUGAAAAGAAUGAAAACGAAGCCGGUGUUUUAUUUACGUAGAUCGGGAUCACGAUUAGUGGUCCCUCGUUGGUUUACAGACACCAAAACUCGCCUAAUCAUGGAUGGUGGGAACCAGCGUAAGGAUCACUCAUCUCAAGCCAGAUUCGUGUGAAACAAACAGGCCCUAAAGCUUACUAUUGUAGUUUGCGUUAACUGCACACACUUGUCAAAUGUUUAAUAUUUGUACAUGUACACUGUAGCCGUUUUUUUUUCAAUUUACAAGUGUUCUUUACGUACAUUUUGAUAGUUCUCCCCAAUUUGGUUGGACACUCUCCAGGACGUAACGUACACAUAAGUGGUUCUGUGUUUUGUUUUGUUUUCUUGUUGCGUGAAAUAUUUGCACAGCAAGUUCUUUGUGCCAAUUUGAAUGUCAUUCAUUUGCCAUUAAAUUAAUUUUUUACCAUUUAAACAGGAGCAGUGAUGUAAAUUGGUGAAAAAGUUUUAAAAUAACAUUCUGUGUUUCUCUGGCCCAACGAUGUUAUCUUGUUUUACAUGUGUAUGGUAUGUACAAAACUGUUUUUAGGCAUUGCAUCUGUAAAUUUAAAGUGAGUUAAAUUAUGUGCAAGCUUCAGAGUAACGUGGUUUCUUUUUAUUUCCUUUGUUGCAAACAUCUACACUUGUGCAAAUGCAUUAGCCUUGUCGCAGAUACAGGUACAGUCAAACCCUUGUUUCUAACGAACAUUGUGUACAUGUAAUUAAAUAUCUUCACACAGAGCAAAUUCUUAGAACUUUUGUAAAUUGGAGUGUAUUAUUGUAUUUUCACUGCUUUUAUACAGUCCUGAAUCACAACAAAUUUGUCAGGUCUCUAAACUUUGUAAUAACUAGGAUUGACUGUACAUGUAUUCAUGACUUAGUUGGAAUUGUGAACAAUUUUGCUAUCAUCUUGAAAUUAGAUCUAUGUUGAAAUACAAUGUGCUAAAUGUUUGGUAUAAAAAAGUUACUCAGAAAAAGUGUACAACCUUUAA